AGAUAAUAUAGCGGCAGAUAAGCUUAUAGGUAAUACUGCUGAGGUGUGUCUGAAAAGGUGUUGAUUGAAUUUCUAUUGUUAGUCGAUGGAACAAACCCACAUACGAGGAAGUCUGCACCAAAAUCCAGUCCAAACGGAUUUAUUAAAAACCAGUACCGCAAUGCAGGAGGAAUCAGCAAAUAUUCAAAAGCAGAUGCUGUAUAAUGGACUUCUUUUUAACGUUAUAAGAAAAAAUAAGACAUUGGAGAAAAAAUUUAAGAAAAUCACAGAAUAUUUAGAGGCGGGAGCUAACAUAAACGCUGCAGAUGCAAAUGACAAAUGUAAUACGCCAUUACACAUUGCAGUAAUUAAUGCAGAUUGGAAAGUAGUAAAUUUCCUCUUAGAUAGAGGAGCUAAUAUUUCAUUAAAAAAUAGCGACAAUCAUACAGCUUUAGACGUUGCUCUGCUUUUAAAAAGCAGUCAGGGUGGAAAAAUUGUAUACCAUUUAACGAAUAUCGCAAAAGAAAAAGAAAGUGACCUACGAAAACGCAGCAGCGUUGUUGAUUCGAAACCAUCUGAAGAAGUAACUGCAAUACAGGAGCCGGAGCAAUUGUUUAAAGAUACAGAACAUAACAAGAUCAAUAAAUGUUAUCAAUAUCGAAAAAGAAAAGGCACAUCUGGACUAGGAGGCCAUUUAUAUGAAAGUAAACUAUUGUGUCUUAUUCUGCUUAGAGCUUUGAACGAUGAUGAUAUUACCGAGUUUUAUCUAGCAACUAAUGUUUCGGGCCUGGGAGCCUUUGACGACAUUGUUUUUAAAUACAAAACGAAAUAUGUUGAAAGACCAAGAAUAAUAUUUCUGCAAGCCAAACAUAGAGACGAUCCCAAAAAAGACCAAGUUUCAAUUAACGAUAUCUUAAAGGAUAAUGGAGAUUUUAGUUUACAUAAAUAUCUAGAAAGUUACAUAGAGGUCGUACAGAAAUUCCAGUCGGACAGCGAAAAUGAAAUAUUUGGAAGCUCCUUUGUGGAUACAGACUGUGAAUUCAUAAUAUUUACAUCUGCGAUGGAAAAUCUUUGUGAUAGAGGAACAGCACUCAUCACUGAUAAAGAGAGUUACGUGACAACAAGUGACAGUGGGAAAAUACUUCAGUUUCAUGCCAAGGAAGCAGAAGUUAAAUGUUUGAUUCAAACAGUGGUUAAGUUGCGGGCAGUACAGUUAGCUAAACGACUGGCAGCAUUUAUUUUUAAAAAAUCUUGCAAAAAUAUGAUGACAGAUGAGAUAAUCAAAGUGUAUCAUGUAUUCCUGGCACAAAAUGUCAUAUCGGUAACGAAAGACAAUAAACCGAACAGUUCUUAUAAUAUCGGAAUAUUUAAGGACUCGUUCCUACAAGCGAACGACAAUGUAUUGCUCCUUAUGAAACAUACUAUUUGUAAGGAAUUAGGGAUUUUUAGAGACACAACACUGACUGACGAAACUGCUGCAUUAAAAUCAAUUAACUUCGAAUUACCGAAGAAUUUUGGUAACGUUACAUUUCAAAUUAAUGGAAACGAAAAUAAAAAGCUAAAAAGACUGAAUUACUUGUCUGGAAAAAUUCGAGAAAUAUUGCAAAAUGCUUCCAAGAGAGAUUCAUAUUUUGUCUUUGAGAUUACUGAAAAUGACAUCGGUGCAGGUAAAAUUUUACAAACCACAGAUUUGGAGUCAUACAGGCUUGGUGGUCUGGUAGGCAACCUACUUUUAUAUGAUCAAGAAACCAAAAUGCUAACAUUUAAUGACGACGAACAUCACCUGACUGAUGACAGUUUAAAAUUAUUACAAGAAUUAAACACAAACUACAGCCUUAGCCAGUACAGAUUACAUGUAAAGAUCAAAAGCUUUCCUAAACUAUCACUGAUAGAAGAGGAAGACGACAGAAAGCUGGUGAAAGAUUUUUUAGACAAACUUAAAUUUUAUACCAAUCAACCCAAAGAGGAUGAAGUUGAAAACAUAAUAAAGGACGAAAUUUAUGAUACUCUUAAGUUGAACAGGGAUGAUUCGUUCAGUCGAGUUAAGUGUGAUGCAAUUUUGUUGAAAAUCCACGAUAAAGUUCAGAAGUGGUGGAAACAAUCCAACUGGACUCCAUAUUUGACGAAAACAUGUAAAUUUUACAUUGAAGCCAAGUGUGAUGCCUUGUAUAAACCAUUGCUGGCUAUCCUCAAUUAUACUUGCUGUAGAACAAUACAAAGUCUUGGAGCUACAUUUAAACCCUACGCCAUCAAGGCACUAAAUGUUACAGAUUUUAUAAAAAAUGAUUCAAAAUUAAUGAUUAUUGUUUCACCCGAAAUUAACUUGACUAGCAUUAAAAUGAUACAAUAUUUUCAAGAAAAUGAUUUCAGCUUUAACUUUCUAAAAUUGGAAUCGACCAUGAAUAAAAGCUACAUAGAAACAAUAGAAAGGGAGUUAAAAGAUGCCUAUUUUUCUGUAUUGGUGUUAAUUGAUGCUAUUGGCAAGAAUGUAUUUGAUGCUACAUUUGAUGUAGUGAGAAGGGCAUUUCAAGGUAAAAUUAUAGUCAUUACUGAUGCCGAUUAUGCCAUAGAAAACUUGGAAACCGGAAGUAACGAUAUUAUUCGAAUAUUAGACAAUAAUAACAACUUUGGAGAUCUCGAAGAUGAUGUGCAAAGAAUGAUUACUGAGGAACGGGAACUAAUAUUUCAAGGAGAAAGAGUAUCCGUAGGUAGUAUAUUGACCUACGAUUUUUUACAGACUAUUAAACCAAAAACUGUCUAUCAGUUAAUUAAGGGUAAAACAAUUUCGAUGGGCAAAUCGCCGAAAGACGCUGUUUACGAUAAAAGCGUUGACUUCUAUGUGCAUCAAGAGGUAAGCCGCAAUAUUACUCUAGAUUUACGUAAUAUACAAAACUACUGUGACCUAGUUUUUAUAAUUGAUGGCGUUCCUGAAGAUUUAAGCCCACAAGAAAGCUACGAUAUUGUAUUAAUAACAGAUCGAAUUGAAAUAUUUGAACACAUUUGUAACAAAUACGAACAUUCUAAUGUCCAUAUGUUUAGUCGCGAUAGUACUGAUGACAAUUAUAUAGUAUGGGUUAAAUCAAAGGGCAGCUUGAAUGCUCUGUUACAGUAUUAUAAUAUUCGCAGACCAAACUUCGAUUUCGAUGCUAGUAACUGCCCUAAUCCCAAUAUACUGCCCAAAACAUUAACAGAUAUACCCGAAAAUAUUGUUAUUAUUAGUGGUGAGCCUGGUUUAGGUAAAUCUACCUUACUCUCACAUUUAGCAGUGCAUACAAAAGAACAAUAUACAAAGCUUUGGGUCUCAAAAAUAAACUUCCAUGAUCAUAUUGAGUGGUUUAGCACGUGGAAAAGAGACAAAACGAAUGUUAACUUAGAAGAAGCUCUCGUCUUUGUAUAUGGUGCAAUUGGUUUACAAGCAUUGGAAGAAAAUGAACAACCAACGAGCAAUGUGUUAGAUACCAUUGGAAAACGAGUGAGCAUUAACAGUGUCAACGAAAUAACUAUGCGUGAUGUUAACAAAACAGAUGACGUCAUGGAAGUUGCUUUAUUUAACUAUUGUUACAACAAUAACCAGGUUGCAUUACUUUUUGAUGGUUUUGAUGAAAUAUGUCCAGAUUACGCAAACGAGGCGCUUCAAUUAUUGAGUGUUUUAAAGUCUUCUCGAGUUGCGUACUUGUGGGUGACUACGCGACCGUAUGUUCUUGAUCAGUUACAGUGCACCUUGAGUACGUUUGCACAUAUAUUGCUCGUAUUAUCUGAAGAAGGGCGAGUGUCAUGCCUAGCGAAAAUAUGGUCUAAGCAAUUGGAUCUUGAUCCUACGACUUUAACAAUACAUGUCAGCAAUUUUUAUGGUCUAGUAUGUAAUGUACUCAAUCAUUGGGUUGCAUUUACAUUUACUGGUGUACCACUACAUAUUUUUAUGAUUGCCGAAACUUUACUGCACCGUUUUAUAAAUUAUGCCGAACUUGAUCCUAAAAGGUCGAAUGCACUCCCAAUUUCUAGCGAUGAUUCUAAACGUGAUAACAUAGUUAUGAAUUUAAGCACAUUAUACGAAAUUUUUAUUAACAUAAAGUUUUAUAAAGUUCGUUUCGGAUCAAAAAAGGCCUUCGUUAGCUUUAAAGAUCCUGAUUUGCGGAGGAUGUUAGACCACGAACACAAAGCCUUCUUAGAUCAUCAUAAGCAACUCUGUGCUUACACACUUCUUAAAGGAAGUACUAUUAAGUUUUCCGAUGGAGAAAUGCAAAACAUAUACAAUUUAGUGGAGGCCGUUAGAUCCGGCGAAGAAAAAUCAGGUAUAAUAGAUAUGAUUGUUGGCGACGAGCCCAAGUUCGUACAUCGUACGUUUAUGGAAUAUUUUGCGGCGCAGUAUAUUAUCGAAAGAUUGAAAUCGAGUCUUUGCUCUAAGGACCUGUUGAAACACUUAAUAGAUUAUAUUUUUGGACGGGACGGCGGUGUCAGUAGGUUUCUAGAUUCUAUGCUAAGUGAAAAAGAUCUGUUUGACGCAGCAUUUUAUCAAAAUAACAGUGAGACUGUAGUCGAUAUACUUCUAUCUCAAUUCGAUGGGCUAUUCACUACAUUCAAUUUUGUAUGUAGACGGGAAUUUAACAAUAUUUUUUUAUUUUUACUGAAAUGUUCUAGACCAGCACUGAAUAAACACAAUUUACGAAACUUUAUAGAUCUUUUUCAUCAUAAGUUUAGUAGUGACAAGAAAAUCAGAUGUGAAUUUUGCAUAAUGGAAACAAGAAAAACAGAAGCUUGUUUAUAUUUCAAUUGUAUUGUAUCAGACAUAGACAAUUCUUUACUUCCAAAGCUAUGUAAACUAUAUAACUGUACGAAUAAAAUUAAGUAAAAACAACUA